CUUUAAAACCAGAACAAAGAGUAGCUGCUACUCCUACUCUGUCUCUGCCCCUUCCCCCACUCUACCUUUCUUAUAUUUCCAUCCAUCCAUCCAUCCAUCCGCCUCCGUAAGCAAAAGGCCCAGAAGCACAACUUUUUCUUCUCUUCUUGCUUCUGCGAUUCCAGCUCCGAGGAAGUCGUCCCAGCGCGGCAGAGCUAUGGAGAGGAGCACCCCGGUGAGGAAACCCCACACUUCCACCGUAGAUCUGCUCACCUGGUCCGAGACCCCGCCGGCUGAUCCGCCCGUUCCCGUUCCCGGCUCUGCCUCCCGCUCCGGCGCCCGCCCUCACCAGCCUUCCGGGGUCAGCAAGGUGGUCUUCGGAGGACAGGUGACCGACGAGGAAUCUGAGAACUUGAACAAGAGGAAGCCAUGUUCAGGCUACAAGUUAAAGGAGAUAACUGGAAGUGGGAUUUUUGCUGCCAAUGGAGAGGGCGAUUCAUCUGAAACUGGGAGUGCAAAUCCUGCUUCAAAUAACAGAACAGGAUUACGUAUGUACCAGCAAACGCUUGCUGGAAUUAGUCACAUAUCCUUUGGGGAGGAAGAAAGCGUAUCGCCCAAGAAACCCACCACUCUCCCUGAGGUGGCGAAGCAGCGAGAACUUAGUGGAACAUUGGAGAGUGAGUCGGAUAUGAAGAAGAAGCAGAUUUCUGAUGCUAAGUGCAAGGAGCUCAGUGGGCAUGAUAUCUUUGCACCACCUCCAGAAAUCUUGCCAAGGCCAACUGCUGCUCGUGCCCUUGACAUGAACCAAGACAUGGGAGACCCUGCUCCCCGUCACAUACGCACUUCUGUGAAAGUGUCAAAUCCUGCGGGAGGACAAAGCAGUAUCAUCUCUAAUGAGGAGCCCAUGAUGAAGACAGCGAAGAAGAUCUAUGACAAGAAGUUUGCGGAGCUUUCAGGGAAUGACAUCUUCCAAGGUGAUGCAUCUGCAGCGUCUGCUGAGAAAUCCCUUAGCUCAGCCAAGUUGCGAGAGAUGAGCGGGAACGAUAUCUUUGCUGAUGGGAAGGCUGAGUCCCGAGACUACUUCGGUGGGGUCCGCAAGCCCCCAGGCGGCGAGAGCAGCAUUGCAUUGGUUUAACAAGCGAGGAUUUAGGGCUAACUUGAGUUAUUCUUCGUGUCGUGUUUGGUCUUUGGUGUUGGUGGUUGCUAGUCGAGUUGCGUCUUGGACAAGAACAAAGUUUGACACUUUCACAAUGGGUUUCGGGCUUGCAUUGUUAGGAUUGGCAACUUGUUGACCAGAUAUUUGUAUGAAAAGACGGGGGUUUGUGCAUAAUAUUGGUCUAUGGAAUUGCUAUUUAUCUCUAUA